CUCUGUGGCAACCUUCCCUUGUGAUCUUUAUCGCUCACCUGAAAUGCUGCUCUCAGUGCCCAACGAAAUCCUGAACAGGAUUGCCUUUGAAGCAGAUAGUCGAACUCGUCGGCGCCUUCGACGUACAUGCCAGCUACUCCGUGAUGUCGCCACGCCUCUCGUCUUUGAGUCCGUCAACAUUAAUCUAUCUUGGAGGCGACACUCUAGCUCAGCUCCCACCUUCCUUAAAUCACUCAAUUCCGGUCCUAAAUUGGCCCAACACAUCAUUCAUCUUUCUCUCUGUCUCCCCCAAAGCUUCCGGCCUUAUCCCUCUCGUUUCGCUAGCGAAGCUAGAAAGAAGACGAGAGACGAGAGACUGGAUUCUUUCGAUGCCCUCUUCCUUGGAGCUAUUUCAUCUAUGGUUUCGUUGAAAUCGUUAUUUUGGAUGAGUGACGGGGAGUCGGGACCGCACUAUGCUAAGCUGAUGUUUGAACUGUUCGGAAAUCUACCCCUCCUGUCCAAGCUGAAGAUACACGGUUACGGCAACUGGGACGUACCCUUGUCUCCAUUUCGUCACAUUCGACAUAUCAGCUUUCUGGGCCAAAGAAGCAACGAACUCAUUACUUUCCUGGGCUACAAUCCAGACAUAGAAAUUAUAGAUGCUUUCGUCUGGAGCCGGAGCAUCGACGACGACCAAAGUGGAUCAAUUUCAUGGUUGUUUAGCUGUUUGCCUACGGGAACGUACAGUACGGUGAAGACACUGAGGAUAGGCGGUGAAAUGCUCCGCCAGUUAUACGCAUACGAAAUCCCAAAAUUCAUACCUCAUUUGCGUCACCUGGAGAGCUUGACCACGCUUAUUAACGUACCCGAUGUAUUGUGGGACGGAUUGCAGGAGCAUGGAAUAUGCUUGGUGUCUCUCUCAUAUCACGAGCCCACUUUGGCGUUAUUGUCGUAUCUCUCGUCCUAUACAGGGCUUCGUGAACUCUCACUUAACAUGUCGUCAGACCCGACCAAUGGCACUCUCCAUAUUGCAUCCCUUCUUCCUGCCGUCAUCACCUUGAAUUCUUCGUCGUUGACGACAGUUCGCAUUGUGCCCUGCCAUAGCGGAGCAUGGUGCUUGGACCAUCCUAUGCUAGAUGCUUUGGCCCUUUGCCGUGGUCUGAAGUCAUUACAUGUCUGCGCUGACAAAGCGAGAACACGAGUAGAAGAAAACAAUGUGAUUGAUAGAUUAUUACAAGCUUUCCUAGCAUUGUGGCCGAAUCUCUGGGAUCUUCAAAUAGAUGCAGUGUCUCGUUCCUAUGGAUUUGAAGCAGUGAGAACGACCGCAAGUCAAAUCCAUAGGCGCAUUUUAGCCUUGCGGUUCGCGCCUCUAUCACCUGAAAGGCCUAAGGUGCACGUAUCAUCAGAUUUUGCCGCAUAUUCGGUGAUAAUCCACGAUCAGAAAAACAAUAUUCACUCGUUCAAAGUGCAGUAUUUGAGGCAUUAUGGGGAGAAGGAAUCAUGGAGGAAAUACAAAUUCUGGAGGCGAUCCGAUAAUACCAAUGAUGAUUGAUUUAUAAUUCCUACAGUACUUGUAUCUUUUCUUUCUUGUGAUCAGAAUAACUAGUUGUUGGAUUAACAAGCAGGAGCUCCGUCGUAUUCCGCCGGCAGGGAUCGAUACCUCUUUAUGUCGGGAUGGAUUAUAUGUACGGAAUGCAAACUGUCUAGCACCCUCACCGCAUUUCCGCUUAUCGCUACGUGGCUGUGUGAGGUCUACAACAUAGC